CCCCUUCUUUUAUUUCGUUUACCCGCUUCAUUUGCCCCAAAUAUGUUUUAGGGUUCAUUUUCCCUCCCGUAUGAUUCAAGAGUCCCACCUCCCAUCUCCCACCUUUUCAUCUCCCACCUUUUCAUUCUGUCGUAGAUGGAUCCAAUCCCAACGCCGACCUCCUUCCAUCUCCGAUACGAUUCAGCAUCCACCAUCGUUCCUUCUCACCGCCACCGCUCCACCAAACUCGGCUUGCGCUGUAAACAAUCACUGGUCCACCUCGUUCACCCAUGUCAUUGUUGAGAAUCGAUUUGAUAUCCAGAGCAUAUGA